AGAUGCAGAGCAUAGGGACAACGUGAAGAACGAUGAGGGGGACCGCUUUCUCGCUCGAACGCUGGACUUGUCAAAAACACUCUGGUGGCAGGAGAACAAGAACUUUUUUCGGUCUCUGACAGAAGAUUACCGUCCACUGCGUGCAUACUACUUGCGGCCUGUCUACAUCUUCGAGGCAUUGGUUAUGCGCGAGACAUUGCGCUUUCUUCCUGAGAACGAUUUUCUGCUCCUCCAAGACCCAAACAAGUAUGCAGGUAUUUUUCCCGAUGAUCACGAUGACCCGAGUCAGCAAGGGUCUCGGGCUCGCAACGACAGUUUUUUCCACGGUCUGAAUUUAUGAAUCCAAAAGUUGUACUAGAUGAAAUCUCCAUUCUGAAAACAGAUCUUUGAGUGAGAUUGUGCUUGCUCAGAAAUCUUGGAAGAGGGUCGGUUUGAUGAGGUUUGAUGUCUUUUCCAUUGGUUCGCGUUUUUCUAAUCAUUGCACGCGAUGUCGAUACUCUAGCUCAAGUGGCGUUGGAAGAGGGCGGUCCGAUGCCUGGCAUUUUCGGAACGCGCAUGCCCGUUUCAGUGCACCGAGAAUUCAUCUCGGGGUUUUUCCGCAGUGCUUUCAGAGCUAUGUAUGAGGACAUGUUUGGGAAGAUUACAGAGCAGGCGUCAAAGGCGUUACGAUUUGUGAAGCGAGCACUGAACGCUGUGUGGAACGGCGACGAGGGAUACGACGCAACCGGACGAGGCGAUUCUACGGCGGUUGCGGCGGCGCGCGCACAAGAGCUGCGCGACUACGUCGAAGAUUCGACUGCGCGAAGGCCGCCUCUGAAUCUGACGCAUGCCUAUUUGCCGCCAGGAGAAACGGGUAGAAAAGUUUUGGAAGCAGCGAUGAAACGGCAUCAGACGCGACAACGGGAUGAGCAAAGCGGAGAUGAUAGGCACGACGAAGCCAUGAAUAGUUUUCGCGGUGCUGUUAAAGGAACUUACCAGCGAUGGUUUUCACGUGGAGAGUUGCAGGAGGUAGCUAAGAAGUUCUUACGUGAGAUCGACGUCAAGCGGGAGGUUCGUACUCAUCCAAAUGGUUCGCUUGCGUCCCUGGUACCAGCGCAGAUUGACGCUGCCCUACCCAUCGACCAACAACUCGGGACCGGCAUAUUGCCUGCACCAGAUUUGACUGCCUUGACGCAGCCUGUUGAGGGUGACUUCGAUUUAGACCUAAAGGGGAUUUUCACUCGAGCCCUACGGCACUCCGAUGAGCAUGGCCGCGGACCUUUCUCGCUUGCGGACACGGACUGGCUGUUGCGCUAUCGCAAGACGAUAUUGAAAUUGCGCCGACUGGGCAUUCACCCUGACCAGGACCCGGUGCACCUAGACUUCUACUGCAUCGUGCGCGACAUCAUCAAGCGCCGUGACGAGUGGCGCCUGCUGGAAGCGGCGCGUCGAGACAUCGACGAAAAAGGGUCAGGCGAGGGACGAGCCGCGAAUGAGCAUGCUUCCACUAAAAUUGCGACGGAAGGGGAGCGCAUUUUCCAGGCAGGUAACACUAUGCUGUUGCAGCGGUUACGAGCAUUGCGCAACGACGGCAGUGCACUUACGCCUCUGUCCUACAGCGAGGAGCCUCUACAAAUCGAACCGCAAGACGCUUUUCGCAGCCUUUGUGUGGAAGCCGAGAUGCGCGCGGCUGAGCUGAAGCAAAAAAUUGCCCGAAAACGAGCGGCGGACACCACAAAAUUCCAAAAGCUUCUUUUACGAACGAAGAUGAAGAAGAUGCCGCUGCACCAGCGCGAAGUAGCGAAGAAGGGAAUGAAAACGACUUCACCAAGACGGAGAUUGACCUCUUCCCGCUCAGCAAGACAAAGCCAACAACGAAGUCCGUCUUUCAGCUCCAGCAAGAACUCGAAACAACUAGACGAUAUGCUCUUUGCUGCGCAUAUACGCUGCGAGGCUUAUUGGAGCAGCGAAGCACCUAUGAUCCAAGAUACGUGGAUGUUGAUCCGCAACGACGAGUUGACACGAGAAUUUCUGGAAUUGUGGACCGAUUUUCUUCUGGAUCGCAAAUUGCUUCUCCAAAUGCCCUUCACAGACCAGACGGCGCUCGGACUGCUAGUCCGUGCGCUAGACCUGAAAUCGGGCACUUUUCCUGGCAUCUACGACACCCUGGAGCCCGGGCAUCUGGCCUACGGCACUUGCCCGCGCGCGGCGGCUUCGGGUCUGUCUACUUCUAGGAGAGAUGAGCUUGAGAUUGAAAGUCAAGCUGCCCCAGAAAAUUCGAGGUCAAAGCUCCAAGAACAUCGUCUUGUGCAGCGCGCUCGUGACAAAACGAAAAGGAAUAGGGCAGUUUGGAAGAUCGUCCGUAGAAAGAUGAGAGCAAAGACAUCCAACGCUAGUGGCCAACAAGAAGAGAUGAUUUGUCCAGAUGCCGAAGAAGUUAGACAGAUAGAGCCACGGCUUCUGCGAGACGAUGCUCCUCGCAACGAGUUUCAUGAAUCGAAUACUAUGGGAAAAAGUGAGUCAGUUACAACGGCAUCAACUUGUCCAGUGCCUUACUGGGUCGCGGUGCGUCGGAACGAGGGGUUGCAUGGCAUCGGUAACCGUUUGAAGACGUUGGGAAAGCUGACACAUGAAAUAAGGCGAACUCGACGGCGCUUGGAGAGACGGCGGAACCGUAUUUUCCACAAAGUUGACGAGCAGCAUCAGAUGAAAACCACAUGGGCGAGUAAGACCAAGACUGAUUCAUCAGCGGGUCUAGGACGAGAUCAUGAUGAUGAAACGUAUGUUCUAAUAGACAAUGAGGAGGAAGACGCAAGAGAAGGUGGUAUGUACUUGACGUCAUGGCGUGACACCAGUUCACAAGACAUCAACUCAAAAACAGCAGGAAAAUGGUGGAUGUACGAUUGACU